AUGAAUCAUAGAGCAUGCACUCUCAUCUCGGUAUGCUUAUCGUCCGUAAUGGUAGUCCAGCCGUGGUUGGGCUUCGGAACAAAAUACAGUGGAACCGGUACUAGUGUUAUCGAAAGCUUGUUGAGACCCUCGAACGAAAUCAAGACACUCGCAAUGGAAGACACUGCACAUCUUGAGAUCACCACACGCAGCGGCGUAUUGGAUGUGGUUGCCUACGACAAUUGGACGGCCUCCGACAAGAUUGCAAGCUCAAUGCAACUGACACCCCAGGACAGUAUACAGGCGUCAAAAUUCUCUUUGAUGCCUAUCACCAAGACAAAAACGGAAGAAAAAAAAUCUCUCGCGACCUGGCAACAUACACAUCAAAAUCGUCCUUUUUGCAGCGUCCCGCAAAUUCGCGAUGGCCAGUGGCUCCCCGUUCAUGGCCCAGCUUCGUACAUCACGCAAACCUCCCAUUUGCGCUGCUACGGGGAGCCUGAUGUCUACCAAACAAUGAACUUCACGUCCUAUGUCUGGCAACCGCACGAUGCUCAUCGCAAGAAGUGUGAAUGGACUGCUUGGCAAGGUCCGCGAAAUGCUUGUCAAGUCCUUGAGCACAGCAACAUCCUGAUAGCGGGGGACUCUCUCUCCUGGGAACACUUCAGCUCGUUGCUUCAGCUACUUGGUCACCACGUACACCAGAAUCUACAGCACCAGUCGCGGGAAUUGCGCACAAACGUGAUGGAUCUAUUAUGUAAUGGCCGUUCACGCAUAUCAUACCGACGAGAUGACAAGCUCACCAACCUCUCGGCCGCUCUGGACGAAGAACCCUUUCCCAACGUUGUCAUUUUGAUCCGAGGUGCACACUACGUGGGUGAUGAUGAGCUAAUACAGGGCAUUCGAGAGCAUUCGAGAGCUGAAAGUUUGGAAACGCCAGUGCAACGCAAUGGGAAUGUCCUGUCAGCUUUUCUGGCGGACGUCCGUACCGGGUCAUCCUGA